GGAACUACGAGUCCCGACGUGCCGCGCGCGGCAUGCAGAAGCUUCGCUGAGCGGGCAACUGGCGGUCGCGAGCACGUUGCUAGUGGGCGCGGCUGGCGGGGCCGGGGGCGGUAGGGGGCUAGCGUCCGGCUGAGCCCCGCGGGUUCCCGCACGCGGACCCACGCUCGGUCGGGCUGCUUUGCUGAGUGACACCGUCGUGGCAUCCGAGGAGCUGUGGUCUAGCCUGCGCGGCGGGAAGCGGCGGCGGCGGCGGCUCCAGCGUCCUGAGAGAAGCUGAAACCUAUCAACACUCUUCAAAAUGCAAUGGAAUGUACCACGGACUGUAUCUCGACUGGCACGCAGGACGUGCUUGGAACCACAUAAUGCUGGUCUCUUUGGACACUGUCAAAAUGUAAAGGGACCUUUACUUUUGUACAAUGCUGAAUCCAAAGUGGUUUUGGUACAAGGCCCUCAAAAACAAUGGUUGCAUUUAUCUGCUGCCCAGUGUGUUGCAAAGGAAAGGAGGCCAUUGGAUGCUCAUCCACCCCAACCAGGAGUCCUUCGCCAUAAGCAAGGGAAGCAACAUGUUUCGUUCAGGAGGGUUUUUUCAUCCAGUGCCACAGCUCAGGGAACUCCGGAAAAAAAGGAAGAGCCUGAUCCUUUGCAAGACAAAUCUAUUAGUCUUUAUCAACGAUUCAAGAAGACGUUUAGACAGUAUGGAAAAGUUCUGAUUCCAGUGCAUCUAAUAACUUCUGGUGUUUGGUUUGGAACAUUUUAUUAUGCAGCCUUGAAAGGAGUGAAUGUCGUUCCUUUUCUAGAACUCAUUGGGUUACCUGACAGUGUGGUAAGCAUCCUGAAAAGCUCCCAGAGUGGAAAUGCACUCACAGCAUAUGCCUUGUUUAAGAUUGCAACACCUGCUCGGUAUACCGUGACUUUGGGAGGAACAUCUGUCACUGUGAAGUAUCUGCGCAGUCAUGGCUACAUGUCCACCCCACCACCCGUCAAGGAGUAUCUGCAGGACAGGAUGGAAGAGACAAAGGAGCUUAUCACAGAGAAAAUGGAAGAAACAAAAGAUAGACUCACUGAAAAGUUACAAGAAACCAAAGAAAAAGUUUCCUUUAAGAAAAAAGUGGAAUAAGGUGCCUUAUAUAGCAGUAUAGAAAAUUCCUGCACUUUAACCCUUUGGAAACUAUGGGCAAAGAUACGUGUCUGAUUAUUUUUUUGGUUAGUUGCCGAAAUAUACUAGUUCUCUGAGGGUUAAAGAAGUAAAAUACCUUUUUAAAGUUAAAUAUCACUAGAAAAAUCAGUGUUAUUACAAGGGAAGAAAUGAACCCAGUGUAAGAAUUUCCCAUCAGUAGCAGUAUUAAGCAGUGGUUAAUGUCUUAGAAGUCAGACUUCUUUUUCAAGGUCUUCAGAACCACACUUGAUUUCUGUUUGUUGCAGCUGUAAUUGACACACACUAGGCAGCUGACUCCUUGAAUAUCCAAUGUGACCCAUAAAAUAGGCUGUUAAUACUGGAUCUUAAUUUUUAUGUUAUUCAUUAAGAUUUUAACUAUAUUCAGUACGUAAUUUGGAGACAAACUAGCAUCAUCAAAACUUCCUGUAAAUAAGAAGGUAUUUAGUCUUUCUAUAAAAACAGAAUAGAGCAGUUAUCUACCAGUUAAAAUAUCUUAUAUGAAGAAAAUAAAAUAGAAUAAAGAUUCAGUCAUAUAUAUGUAAAUAAGAUGUAUUGAUUGUACGUAAAUGAAAAAUGGACCCUUUAAAAAUUAUUUUUACCUGAAGCUUGUCAUAAUUUUUUUAAAGCAAAUAUAUAUAUGGUGAUGGUACUUUUCAAAGUGUGUAUUGGUGGUGAUCACCUCAAACAUAAACCUCUGUUGUGAAUCAUUUGUGUCCUUUUCAACUAGUCUUUCAGAGGAAAGGUAAAAAAUCAUUAAACCUUAAAUUCAUGGUUAAAAUCAAAUAUUUGUCAGCAGUAACUCAAGCUCAUGGUUCUCAAGCAGAAAAAGGUUUGGGAGACUAAAAAUGGAGUCAGGUAGUCAUGGAGACUGCUAACUCCUUGAGGUAGACAUGGGCCUUGCCUCAGCAAACCAGUGCAAUUUCCCAAUGUCUUAGUUUCAGAAUUCAUGCUGAUUUCAUUAUGGAGUAAAGUUUUAAAUUGUGGCUGCUGCUUUUUGUCUUACAUUGAAGGGAAAUAUCCUUGUUUGAGCAUUCUACUUGAUUUUUUUUUUUUUUUUUUGAGACGGAGCCUCACUCUUUCUCCAAGACUGGAGUGCAGUGGUGCGAUCUCGGCUCACUGCAUCCUCUGCCUCCCAGAUUCAAGUGAUCCUCCCCUCUCAGCUUUCCAAGUAGCUGGGAGUAUAAGCGUGUGCCACCACACUCAGCUAAUUUUUGUAUUUUUAGUGGAGGUGGAGUUUCACCAUGUUAGCCAGGCUAGUCUCCAACUCCUGACCUCAGCCUCCCGAGUAGCUGGGACUACAGGCGCCCACCACCACGCCCGGCUAGUUUUUUUGUAUUUUUAGUAGAGAUGGGGUUUCACCGUCUUAACAAAGCUAUCAUUAAGUCAUUUGCUUGUAAUGAAAUUCAGCCAUUGUCAGCUGUGAGCGUUGCGGGGGUGGUGGGGGUGUGUUUGAGUAUGUAUGUGUCUGUUUCCUAUGCUCUAACAGUGAUUAUUUCAGUUCUAACCCUUCAAUUGCUAAUUGGAUGAGGGAAUGGCCUCUUUUUAGAUUGUCCUUGUUUUGACUUAUCUGCUAAGGCAAGAGAAUGUCUGGGUUUGCCACACAGUCCCGCAGGGACCCCUGCUCUUUGCCAGGAUUUUUGUAUCAAGUACUUGGUUUGGCCAAAUUUAGAGAAUAGUUUAAAGGGGGAAAAAAGUUUGCAUUUGAUGAGUCUAAUUACUAUAUUUAGAAUACUUUUUAAAUGAAUAUGCUGUGAUUGGAAUCUUUCUUCCUGGGGGCCGGGGAGAGUGCUGAGAGAUGCAGCUGUGUCUCCACUCUCUGCAGUCUUGGGCAGGCAGCACCACUGUCUCCUGAUACAGAAGGUUGAAUGCACUGCUUCACAUUGAUGCCACAUUUUCAAAUCUAAACAUGAUUAACAUGUUUUUUAAGUAUUUAUCAAAUAAUUCACAUUUUUGCAGGUUUAAGUGCUAUUUUUUAAGAUAUUAAACACGUUCCUUGUUUCUUUUUUCUUUUUAACCACUGGAGACUACCUAUGUGAAAAUCUUGUGUUAUGUGGAAUUCUUCUAAAACAAUUUCCUUUUACUUUUCAUGUUGCAUAUUUUCCAGUGUGGAUAAAUUGGAGGUUCUUAUUACUAAUAAUCCUGAAACUAAAAUUUGCUUUUCCUGCAUAGACAUCUUUUGUUAGUCCAUUUGAGUUUUGUUGCCAUCCAGUUUCGUAAUCAUGUUGUGUUUAUCUAAUAGACAAUGAGUUACUGCUUGAGUGAUAUGAAAUUUUCUAGUAAAAAAUUCUCCGAAGA